AUGAAGAUCCUCUUGUGGUUCCUGGGUCCAUUAUUUGUCCUGGGCGGCCCGACCCAUCCCCGGAACCACCCAGCACCAUGGCACCCCUUCACUAUCGACACAAACUACUAUGAAUCCAUACCGGAUACCAACGUGGUCCGCGAGUACUGGUUCGAAAUUGUCAACACGACUGCUGCGCCGGACGGCGUUGAACGCCCCGUGCUGCUCGUCAAUGGGCAGUUCCCCGGCCCAGCCAUCGAAGCGAAUUGGGGCGACACGGUCAAAGUGCACGUCACCAACCGGAUGAGUGAUAAUGGGACUGCUUUGCACUUCCAUGGGGUGCGACAGCUGCGCACUAACCAGAUGGAUGGCGUGGCUUCUCUGACGCAGUGCCCCAUUGCUCCCGGGCAGAGCUACACUUAUGUUUGGCGUGCAGAGCAGUACGGAUCCAGCUGGUACCAUUCGCACUUCUCGCUGCAAGCAUGGGAGGGUGUCUACGGGCCUAUUGUAAUUCACGGACCCGCCACGGCGGAGUAUGAUGAGGAUAUUGGUGUUGUCUUUUUGAGUGACUGGGCCCACCGGACCAUCGACGAGAUGUAUCAGAGCCAGCUAGAGACGUAUGGCACGCCACAGAUGGAGGGCGGUUUGCUGAAUGGAAUGAAUGUAUGGGUGCAAGCGGACGGGACCACGGUGGGCCGUCGUUUCGAAACAUUCCUCAAACCAGGCAAGAAAUAUCGCAUCCGGCUCAUCAACACGGCCAUGCACACUCACUUCAAGUUCUCCAUCGAUGGGCAUGAUCUUACCGUCAUCGCCAACGACUUUGUCCCACUCGCCCCGUUUACCACCACUGUCGUGCCCAUCGGCAUGGGACAACGCUACGAUGUUAUCAUGACCGCAGACCAGCCCCUGGAUAAUUACUGGAUGCGUGCCGUACCGCAGACCUUCUGUAGCAAUAACACCAGCGGGGACAAUAUCAAAGGAGUGAUCCGGUAUGCCGGUGCGCCGCACACAGAUCCCGCAUCAUCCAAAUGGGACUACGGUGACGACGUGCAAUGCGAGGAUUUUGUCAUGUCAAAGCUUGUGCCGCAUCUCGCUCUUGAUGCAGAUCUCAACAAAAACUCUAGGCUGGUUAACUCACCUGCAGCCGUCGACGCUGUCGGGGAUCCGAGCCUGUACCUCUGGACGCUCGGCGGGAGUGCCUUCAACGUCUCCUGGCAGGACCCGACGCUACGGCAGACGGCAAAACCGGGGAAGGUUAACUGGAAGGCAGGGCAGGGGGUAGUUCAGGUGGACAAGGCCGAUGAAUUAGUGGUCUUUAUCAUCCAGACGUACAUCCAGGCACCGCAUCCCAUCCAUCUCCACGGACACGACUUCUUCGUUCUCGCUCAGGGCCUUGGAACUUAUGACUCGCACAACGUUACGCUGCAGACCAAUAACCCUCCGCGCAGGGAUACGGCCAUGCUGCCCUCCAAGGAUGAAGGCGGAGGUUAUCUGGUGCUGGCAUUUCCGGCGGACAACCCGGGGGUAUGGCUAAUGCACUGCCAUGUGGGCUUCCAUGCAACAGAGGGCUUUGCGCAGCAGAUAGUAGAGCGACGGACUGAGCUCCAACAGUUCCUGGAUAAGGGGGUAUUAGAGCGGACUUGUCGGGCGUGGGACCAGUAUGCGCAACGGAAUCCGUAUGGGAUGCAGUAUACGGGGAUCCACGGACCUUUUGACUCGGGCGUCUGA